UGACGAGAGAACUGUCAAAAGAGGGUGUUAAUUUUCCGAUUCUAUUGAAUUUGUAAACAAAGUUUGUCUAACGUAAUUUUCGGUUCAAUUUGUGGCCGGUUUGGGAAUUUUGUUCGGCUGAAUUGAUACUCGAUAAUGGAUUUCGAGUUGAGAAACCUGAAAGAUUUUCUCGGAUUAUACAACAAAGUUACGGAGCUAUGUUUCAAUUCCUGUGUUGAUAACUUUUUUGAUCGGGAUCUUACCAAGGAAGAGAUUCAUUGUACAGAAAGCUGUGUCGGAAAGUUCACCAACGUGAAUCAACGACUGAUGCAGGUUUACGUCGGAGUACAGAGUCAAAUCAAUGAGCGAAGAAUGGUUGAGUUUGAGGCUCAACAGCAAAAACUAAUAGAGCAACAACAACAGCAAGAAAGUCAACUAGCAUCAGGUGCUGAAAAUACGGAAACAAUCAAAGACGCUGGGACGAAGGAAGUAGUUGUGAAUCAAGAAUAA